AUGCACAAAAGUAAGUGGGCAGAUGCUGAAGACGAACUACCAAGCCCAGAAGUAAUAAAAAAUCCAGAUGGAACCAAGACUGUUAUAUCGUAUCGUUACAAUGACCAAAACAAGAAGGUCAAAAUAACACAGAAAAUCAAAGAUGUGGUCAUUAAGGAACAUGUCCAUCCUUUGGUGGCAGAAAGAAAAAAAUGGGCCAAGUAUGGUGAAGAAAAAGGAAAUCCCGUGGGUCCUGAUAUCAGAACUACUCAAUUAGGUGAACCAGUGAAUUUAAUAUUGUCUUCUUCAUGGAGAGAGGCUGAAAAGGAAGAAGAGAAGAAAGCUCAAGAAAAUCCUGCUGGCAAGAAAGCCCAAAGAAUUGUUUGUAGACUUUGUAAAGGUGAUCAUUUUACAACCAAAUGUCCUUUCAAAGAAACCAUGGGUGCACCAGAAUCAAUUGAAGGCAACAAUGCAGAGCCUCUUAAUCCCCAAUCUCCUGAAACCUCUGCUGAGAAAACAGCCAAGGGAGGAUAUGUCCCACCACAUCUUAGAAAACGUAAUAAAGAUGGUAGUCCAGCUACCCCAUCUCUUGGUUCAGGCUCAAGAUAUGGUGAAAGAGACGACUCAACCACAUUGCGUGUUAGUCAAUUGAAUGAAAUUGUCACAGAUAUUAUGAUAAAGAAUGAAUUGUUUGCCAACCAUGGCCCAUUGACCAGGGUUACUUUGGUCAAGAAUAAAGAGACCGGAAAAUCUAAGGGAUUGGCUUAUGUUGCUUUCCCAACUGUUGAAGCAGCUCAAAGGGCAAUGGAAGAUUUGGAUGGAAGAGGUUACCACUCAUUGAUUCUCCACAUCGAGUUCUCCAAACCAAGAAAAUAA